AUGGCUUCUCCCCAGUACUCCCUGGCUAGACGCAGCGAUGUGACGCACACUGGCGACAUGACCUGGUACGAUGUCGGUGUCGGCUCCUGCGGGAAUAUCUCCUCGUUCAGCGAGCAUAUUGUUGCGCUCUCACCGGCACACAUGGGCUCGGUACCAAACCCCAACCUCAAUCCCAUUUGUGGCAGUACCAUCACUAUUGAACAAUCAGUGCUACAAGGCUUUGGAGUGGUGUUGUUGGAGACGUAUGCUGAUACUCCGGUCUCUCGGCCGACAGGUCCAUCAUGUGGACCAAACGCCAUCGACUGCAGCUCGAGUCUUUUCAAAGCGGUAGCACCCAACGGUGAUGGCCGCGUUGUGGUCGACUGGAGGUUCAAUGACAGUGGGAACGACUCAUCAGCACCCGUGGGCGAUCUCCAACCUACUCCGGUAGUGCCAAACGGAGCGCUACUUCAGCCGCCAAGUCCUACGAUUGCUGGUCCAAACGCAGGCUUUACAAGCCCACCGUGCACCACUUCCAUAUCGUCAGUACCAGACAAGGCUGUCGAUGAAGAACACACCUCUAUAGUCGCCACGAUCAUAGCUCCGGCUGUCAGCAUUGAGGAGCUCACCAUAGUGCCAUCACCGACAAUAUUCGCGAUGGCAGACCUUCCUAGCUGGGAAACCCACGAAGCAACGAUCGCAACAAUCGUACCGGCCAUCUCCACCAUAGCAGUUGCCUCGACAGUAACUCAAAUGGCGACGCCACAGACUGUAACGGACGCACAGACGACUGCCACCGCGGCUCCUGCAGUGGUCGUCGUCGUUGACUCAAUUGAGACCAUUAACAAGACACAGAGGUCCACCAUUGAACUCACCCAGUCACCAACUACGGCAGAGGCUGUGUCGGAAGUUCAAGCUCCAAGCACAUCAAGCCAAAUUGCCACGAUAUCAACUAGCCGAGUGCCUAUGUGGCCCAUCAUGAACGGCACAACAUUAAUCAUGACGACGUUCAUCAAGACCACGCCUAUGCCGACCCGCAAGCCUUCGCCUACACCCUAUACUGGCAAGGCUCGUGCGCCCGGAAUUGCCAAAGCAAUGUUAGGGUUGCUACUCGCACUUCCAAAUGUAGCUGCUGUGAUGCUGUGA